AUGAGACGGAUUGACCUCUUUUGCAAACUCAUCGCACCUGUUUUCAUCUCUCUGAUUGAUAGUAUUUCUACACCGAUUGCCGUCUGGACAGUUCUUGGCAUGAACGCUAUUUCCGUAUUCAUCGAAUAUGUUGCAAUUGCUCAAGUCUACCAAUCAGUCCCGGCUUUGAAGAAAACGACAGCUUCUGGUCAAAGUGAUACUAACAAUGAAAGCGGAUAUUUACUGGCCGAGUCUCCCCGAGGGGCUUUCUACCAUCUACGCGAGAACUUAGAGCCGUGGAAGGAAUACAUCGCAAGUCGAGUGUUCCUACCAUCUUUUGCGUUAAGCCUCCUAUACUUGACCGUUCUCUCAUUUGGUGCAACUAUGGUCACUUAUCUACUUCACAGUGGCUUCAGUUCUUUGGAAGUCAGUUGCAUGCGUAUUGGCUCCGUGGUCGCAGAGGUUUCCGGAACAUGGACUGCGCCUCUUAUCAUGCAUCGCAUAGGUCCCAUUCGAUCUGGGCUAUGGUUCCUGAACUGGCAGUUCUGUUGUGUAGUUGGCGCGGCUCUUGCAUUCAUUCUUUGGGAUUCGAAAUCUCAAUUAGUAGCAGGUAGUCUGAUUGUGGGAGUUGCUUUAAGUCGAGUCGGACUCUGGGGGUUCGACUUGUCAGCGCAGUUUCUGAUACAAGAGAAUGUGGAAGAGCACGCCCGAGCAAGAUUCUCCUCGACAGAGAUGGCGCUACAAAACAUUUUCGAGAUGAUUUCCUUUACAUCGACCAUUAUAUGGUCUUCGCCCGAGCAGUUCAAGUAUCCAGUGAUGAUUAGCGCUGGUGCUGUGGCAAUAGCAGCGGCUUCCUUUGCAGCAUACGUGCGCAAGGAGCGAGGUCAUUUGCUCCACCGAUCGCGAUGCUUGGGAGGCGAUAAAGGAGGAUAUCAGCAGAUGACGUCUCCAGCCUGA